AUGUUGGCCACCUCCCAGAUUUCGCCAGAGGCUCUGCCAGCCUUGGAUUGCUUGGAUAAUUGGGAUGUGGAUGGAUGUGGUCAGACGGAGUUUGCUGCUGGCACCGGCAUGGGUCAAGGUGAAGGGCUUCGAGAUGUAACCGAUGAGAUCGAGGAUGACGCUCAACUUGAGGGGACGCGCAAUGAGAAGGAAGAGGAUAAUGCCCGUGAAGUUGGCUUCGACUUGGACACUGAAGCGAAAGCCCUGCCACAAAAUGAAGUGCCUGACUUGGAUUUCCAUGCGUCCAACGGCAAGACUUGGAUCGGCAGCAAGGCUUGGUUUGAUUCAGACACUGAGCUGUUGGCUACGUGCUGCACGAGUUUCAACAUAGGCGACGCUGAAAAUGAGAAGGAGAAAGGCCCUCAAGAGGAUAUUGAAGCAGGGAACUUGGCCAACAGCCAGCACAUGGUGCUCAGGGUGAAGGGGAAGCGGCGGACCUGCCUAGUUGCAUUCUUGAUGGGCGAUGUCCAACACUGUGCUGGACGUUGGAAAGAUGGACUUGCAGUGAAGAUCCAAAUGCCAGAAGGCAAGUCCAAGAAGGACAAGGAUCCCAAGAACAAAGCAAAUGAAGCAGAGAAAGACGACGUCCCGGAGCAGGAGCCGCAGGAACCAGACAAGACGGACUUUGAGGACAAAGACGCGCAGUUUGAUGUGCAAAUGCAGCCGCAAGGGUGCAGCAGUGAGUGUCGCAGCUUCUGGCAGGUCAGGGAGAAGGAGAAGGAGAAGGUGAAGAGGGCGAUGCGUCCGAUAUUGAGAUGGAGGGAGAUGGUGAAGAAGACCAAGAUCAAGGGUCUGAAGAAGGGAGCAAGUGUGAAGAGGUCAGAGACCAUUGAUGAGUUGCUUGCUGUUCCACAAGAAAAAAUGCCGGAAGAAGGUCCCGAGCAAACGCCAGUCCAAGGAGAGGAAAAGCAGCCUGAAGAUCCUCAGGAGGACAAGAAUGAUGCGGAGAAGAAACCUGAUGUAGACCCUUCCAAAGACACGACAGCCCCACAGCAGCGCCAGCAGGAACAAGAUGUUUUUGGUGGAAGCACUGGUGAAGCUGCAAACUUUGAGCAUGAUUCUAAGACGGCCAGAUAUGGAAAGUCAGAAAAGGAGUCCCAAGCUCAACAAGAUGCACAAGAUGCCUCAGCAGGAGAUGAACGUGGAGGUUCGACAGCAACAGCUACUGACUCCCGCGGAGACACCGCUGAGAUGCCAUCAGCCAAGCCUCAAAAAUCAGCAGCAGACAAGAAGCAAGCUCCGUCAAAGCCCAGCGCUGCAGAGGGAGAAAGUGGAGAAGAGCGGCGCUUGCAAAAGCUUGACAUCUUGCGUGAAGCCGAUGGAGCGGACAAGGCAACAGGCAAUCAGAAGGAAGCCGAAGCUGAGCAAGGGUUGCACCUGGCAGACCCAAAGAGUGGCUUGGAAGCGCUGGGGGAAUGUCAAGACAGUGCUUCUGUGGAUCAAAAAGCUAUGGGGAUCACUGAGCAGGAUGGUGAGGAGAAAGAGGAAAAUGAUGCAAUGGCAGUGGAUGAAGAGGAACAAGGAAAACAGGAACAGAAACUGCCAAACAUGCACUUGCAGGAGAUGAAGGAAGGUCAGCUACCAGAUGAUCAAGGCAAAAUAUCGCAAGCCAAUACUCAAGAGACUGAAGACGAAAGGAUGCAACUGGAGGGAGCGCGAGGUGGCAUGAAUGUGUCCAAUGCUUCGACAGUGCUGGGAGAUCAAGUUCAGGUUCCGAUGGAAAUCGACCAAGAUAUCGAGGGCGAAGACGAGGGAAUUGGGAGGAAGAGGUCUGAACACGAAGCCAUGCAGCUCUGGGGUGAGCUUGAACGGAGCACCUCACCGCUAGCUGCAGCUCUUUGUGAACAGUUGCGGACGAUUCUGGAGCCGACUUUGAAAGGUCGUCUUCAAGGAUACUUCAGAACUGGGAAGAGGAUCUCGAUGCGACGAGUGAUUCCGUUCAUAGCUUCCAACUAUCGGAGAGACAAGAUAUGGCUUCGCCGCACAAAGCCUUCCAAGAGGGAGUAUCAGAUUGUUGUGGCCAUCGACAACUCGCGCAGCAUGAAAGAGUGCAACGUGGGACCAAUUGCAUUGCAGACCUUGUGCGUUCUGUGCCAGGCGCUUGCACAGUUGGAGGUAGGCGAGUAUGCAGUGCUCGCCUUUGGGAGUGCCACACCUCGAGUUCUUCUUCCGCUUGGUUCAGGGCAGCCGCAUGCCAACAGUUUCAAUUGGACGCAAGCUGGACCGAUACUGCGCGAGUUCACCUUCGAGGAGGAAUCAGUUCAGAGCCACGAUCGCAGCUUAGCCGACAUGAUGCGACUGAGCUCCCAGCUCUUCGAUGAGCGAAGUGGACCCAGUCCUGCACGGCCAUUCAGUCAGAUGAGCAUCAUCAUUUCUGAUGGGCGCUUCAACAAAAACAAAGUCAGACCCUGGGUUCGCGCAGCGCUGGCAAGACAGCAACUUCCACUGCUGAUCAUCGUCGAUGCUGAGUUUGAAGGAGCUCAAGCGUCAGCAGCAGGAGCUACUGCCAAGCGCAGUGUCUUUGAGCUUCGAGCUGUAACAUACGAGUCUGGGCGAUGCCAGGUUGUGCCGUACCUGCAAGACUUUCCUUUUCCAUACUACGUUGUGGUGCAGAUUGCGCUUGCUCUGAAAGAAGUGGAUGCGCGAUCCAUAAUACUCUUCCAGAGUUUCAAGCUGCAUCUGCAAAUGAACACCCUGGGCAAUGAGCAGGAUGGUUGUAAGCAAGCCGCGCCAUGUGAAGCGUGCUCUGUGCAGAUCAAAGCAGGGAAGGCUCAGUGGCACAAACGCCUGACCAGCAUGUCGAAUGCCAAGCAUGGUCAAAGGUGCUGGAAGAUCUUCGAAAGUGACAUCUUCUCCAUCACAGUCGCGGUUGGGCGCUCUGUGGAUUCGAUGCUUUCCCUGGCAGAUGGAGAUCUGAGAUCAUCUCGCGCCCCUCCAGCGCUGCAAGCAGCGUGCGUGGUAGUCCAGGUCGAAGCCACAGUCACCGGAUGUGACAUGAAACAGCGGCUCAGCUCGCUCGGACACGUUGCCAGCCCGGGCUUUGACUGGUGCGAGGUGAGACGGGCGCCGGGCAGAGUUGAUAUCGUUGGUCUGGUCAAGCUCCUGCCUGAGUCUGAUACAGCAGACCGUUUUGCGAAUCGCGUCAAGUCGCAGAACUGCGACAAGUUGGAGGAAGAGGUCUUGUCAAUAAUGAGUGUCUUGCAGAAACCGCGAGACCCAUCGCACUGGUCGUUCGAGCGGACUGAUUACAACGCUGGCUCCAACGGAGCAGUUUCGCGUACGCGAUCACCUCGUGCAACCACACCGCGUCGGUCUUCACCUUCCCCAAGAGAUCCGUAUUUGCGGACUGCUGAGCGUGCUGUGGCCCGAGUGACCAGCGAGGGUCAGACUUCAGGCCGAGGGUCGCUAUCUGAAAGGGCUCGGCAAGCUUCCUCGUCCCAACCGCGAACAGCACGACCAAAGAUGUCGCAGUCGGCUUCGCGUGGGGUGAGAUCAGGUGCAGAGCUGCCUGGCAGAUUUGAUGCGUCAUUAGGCAAAAGUAGUCGAACGGAGGGCCUGCUGCGCCUUUCACGUGCCCUCGGCGAGGCUCAACGAGCUCUUGAGCUGGAAACUGCGGAGGCAUUGCGGAGGCCACAUGAAACUUCGGGGGAAGAAGCCAAGGCUUUGGAGGCAUUCACAGAGAAGCUCCACAGGCAGCUUGCAGAGGCCCAAAACACAUCAAGGGCUUUGGAGGAACAACUUGCUGGUAUUGCCAUGGCCAAAAAUAAAGCUGCAGCUGAUGCCAGACGGAUUCAAACAGUUCAGGACGAUCUGAACGAGCUGAAGCUGAGUUGGCGGGGCAAUGGCACCUUCACACCAGCACCCAUCCCGGAAGAGGCUCUGGGGCUUUGCUGUGACGAUUCCUACGCCUUGUAUCGCAUUAUGAUCAAGUGGAUGUGGCACAGUCUGCACAAGAAGAAUUUCUUGGCCGAUAUGAUAUCCCGUCAACACGACGACAUGUCCUCAUCCGCUUUGCUGGCGAGUUGCGUGGCCGAUUUGGCCAGGCUGGAAAAGCUGGCCGUACGCGAUGCAGCAACAUCACAAAAGUUGGCUUCUUUAAUACGAUCAAGAACUUCUGAAGGGCCAAAGGCACAGCCUGACAAGGACUCGAAGAUUCUCGCUUACUGGGAGUCCCUGGGUGCUUCCGGAGAAUGUGCAGAAACAGAGCUGGAGGAUGGCCAGCAGACAGCUGCUCUUUUUCAUUCUGCAAAACAAAUGAUUCCGGUCCUCGUUCGUCACAACACCAUCCUGGAAAGCAACUGUCGUCACUAUGAGAUAGCGCUGCAAAGCGCGCUCGAUGAGUUGUUGCGGGCAAAAGGUAAUGCCCUGGAACUCCAGACUUUGAUGAAUCAAGGAUCUACCAUAAAUCAAUUCUUGCGACAAGAGCAUCAAGCACAACAGGAGCUUGACGGAGAAGAGAUGAGGCUGGCAGCAAGACAUGAGCAUCUCACUGCCUUGCUGCAAGCAGCUGUCAAUUCGAAGGAUGGUGAACGAAAUGAUGUGCUGAUCAAAGCUCUUGCCCAUGAGAACAGUGUUUUGCGGUCCAUGUUGUUUAGCUGUCGCGAUGGUGAAGGUAUCACCACUGUUUCAUCUGAGUCGAAGAUCAAUGAAACACAGAGGGCAAGCAGAACUGAAUCGUCCAGCGGGAAUGGCAUCAAGUCGGAAGGUGAAGAGACCCUCGUGCUGGGAAAUACAGAGAAGGAGAGCGAUGCAACGGCAUCCCUUCCUAUGUCACAGGCUCUAGACGGAUGCGAAGCUUCUGAAGUUGUGACCAACUCAUGUGAAGGCGAAGUGCCUGAAGUAUCGUCUCCGUUAGCUGCGGGCAAGGAGCAAGAAGUUGAGAUACCGCCCGCGGAGACUCAAGAGACUCAAGACCAGCACAAUGAGUCUGAACACCUGUGGGAGUUUGUGGUGCAAGGCCACACUCCAAUGGAGAACGCAGAUCUGCCCGAUACUGACCGCAAGACCAUUUCCUGCUUCCCAAGCAAUGCCGUGGCCAAGCUGAUAAGAAAUGGAGUUGCCUGCGUCUGUGCGAGGGGACAGCGCGUUGAUCCACGAGUGCCGAAUCAAGAUGAUUUGGUGCUUGCCAUGUGUUCGUGGGGAUCGCAAGGUCGCGUUGCUCUCUAUGGUGUCUUUGAUGGCCAUGGUCCAGCUGGUCACAGAUGUGCUGCUUUGGCGCGAGGCUUCUUGCCAGAACGCAUCUUCGGCGACCCUGAUUUGCUUUCCUGUCCACGAGAGGUGCUCAAAGCAGCCUUCAUCGAAACGCAGGCAGAGAUGUUGAGGCUGGAGCCAUCUGAAUCGCUGAGCAGUGGAUGCACUGCCACAGUGUCAGUGGUCCUGGAAGAAGGCCUCACUCAGCAAAAGGGGACAGAGCCUGGCAUCUCGGUUCACACUGCUCAUGUGGGUGAUUCUCGAGCAAUCCUGGCAAGAGUAUCAGAUGGUGCAAACGGGAGCAAGUGCUUCAUAGUCAAAGAGCUGACGAAAGACCAUCGACCCGAUGACCAGGAUGAGGCUCAGCGGGUGAAAGAUGCAGGUGGCCACAUACGCUUGGCGGGUGGAAAGCGUGCCAGAGUUAUCUGUGAUGCUGUUCCUGGACAUCCGGGCUUUGCGCUGACUCGCUCCCUUGGCCUGGCCAUUGGACAAGACUGCGGCAUCAUAGCAGAGCCGCAGGUUUCUUCAGUGCAGCUUCCGGGUGAUGCAGAAGCACUGCUUGUUCUAGGCACUGAUGGUCUUUUUGAAUUCUGCGGAAACCGCACCGUGGCUGGGCACUUGCUGAAGCACGGUGUCAACGACAGAGCUCUGGAAGAGGUUGUACAUGAGUCAAUGGAGCUCUGGAAAGCCAAUUCCUCCAACGGCACAGUUGAUGAUGCAACUGCUAUUGCUGCUUCCUUGGGGCGUUUAGCAAAGUCUGGGAAGGAAAGUUUCCGAAGUUUCCGAAGCUGA